UCGAAAAGGCAGCAGUUUCACGAGAUUUCUCAAAUGACCCCGGUUCUGAAUCGUUCUGACAAGUUCCACUGGCAACAUUCCAAAGAAUUUCAGUAUCAGGGUUUUACGAGAAAAAAUGAAUGGAUAGUCACAGAGUGGCCAAAAUCGCACACCGUCCAUAGCUUUUGGGCAUUAGUUUUUGAUCACAGUUGCCACACAAUUGUUAAUCUCACGAAUGACGAAAAUCCAAAAGUGUAUCCUCACUUCAUACAUAAUAAAGGACGGCAGACUUAUGGUCCGUUUAUUGUAGAGGUUCUCAGUUACAACGUUUAUCCGUAUGCCACCUCGCAUGUAGUAAAGGUUGUCAAGAAAGUAAGCACUUGAAU